AUGGUUGAAAAUUGCACUGUUAACAUCUUUAGUGCAUAUGCACCCAAGAUAGGAUGCUCAGAAGAAGAGAAAGAUCACUUCUGGUCGGACUUAGAGGAGGAAAUGGAAAAGGUACCAGCAGAUAAAAGAUGCCUUGUCGGGGGAGAUCUGAAUGGGCACGUAGACCAGAAUAACCAUGUGAUCAGCAGUAUACAUGGUGGGUAUAGCUAUGAUGAAAGAAAUGCAGAGGGUGAGAAAAUUGUUGAUUUUGCCGUGUCCACGGAUAUGGUACUGGCGAACACUUUUUCCAACAAGCGGCAAGAACAUUUAGUUACGUACAAAAGCGGCGGAAGGUCCAGCCAGAUAGAUUACUUGAUGUAUAAGAGGAAAGAUUUACGUGAGGUAAAAUAUUGUAAGGUCAUACCAGGAGACCAUGUGAGUGUGCAACAUCGUUUGGUAGUGAUGGACUUGGUUAUGGAAAUUGAACAAAUAAGGAAGAAAAAAAUGCAGGGGCCAAAAAGGAUUAAAUGGUUUAAGCUGAACGAGAUUGAACUUUGUAGGCAGUUUAAAGAAAAAGUAUUAGAGGAACUAACUCAUGAAAUUGAGGAUGUUGAUGAAUGGUGGAACAGGACGAUGGAAAUAAUACUGAGGGUUGCUAGAGAAAUACUGGGUGAGAGUAGUGGCAAGAUGUUCGAAAAUAAGGAAACGUGGUGGUUCAGUGAAGAAGUGAAGGAUGCAACAAAGCAAAAGAGAGAAGCAAAGAAAAGGUGUGAGGGGACCCAAAUGGAAGAGGACUGGAUGGCCUAUAAGGAAGCAAAUAAAUUAGCAAAGAAAACUGCAGCAAUUGCUAAGGAUAGAGAAUAUGAUCAGCUUUACAAAGAGCUAGAUACCAAGGAAGGGCAAGGAAAGAUCUUUAAACUUGCACACAUGAGAAAUAAGAAUACCAAGGUUAUAACACACAUAAGACAGAUUAAGGAUAAGGAUGGAAAUAUACUGAGAAAUGAGAGAGACAUAAUAAGAGAUGGGAAGAAUAUUUUGAGGCCUUAUUGA